AUGGCGCCGUCCUUCCUCACUGUUCAUUUCGAUGACCAGAAUCCAAACUCUGAAAAGGGCAAAGAGGCUGGUGCGAGGAGAUCUCUCGCUGGCCUUGAUUACUCACCUUUGCCUCGCAUCACGCCCCGAUCUUUCCUCCUAGCUACCUUUGUCUCCAUGGGCGGUCUUCUCUUCGGUUAUGACACAGGUCAAAUCUCAGGCUUCCUCGAGAUGCCAGACUUUCUCGAUCGUUUCGCCCAGACAAACAGCAAGGGAGAAAAAGCAUUCAGCACCGUCCGCUCAGGCCUCAUCGUAGCGCUUCUCUCAAUCGGUACGCUCAUGGGCGCACUAAUCGCAGCGCCUGUGGCCGACCGCAUUGGAAGAAAGUACAGUAUCUCCGGCUGGACGUGGAUUAUUGCUAUUGGCUUCAUCAUCCAGAUUUCCUCAGACCGGGAUUGGGUGCAGAUCAUGAUGGGCCGAUGGGUCGCUGGUCUCGGAGUCGGCGCUUUGUCUCUGCUCGUUCCCAUGUUCCAGGGCGAGACUGCACCACCGUGGAUUCGAGGUGCAAUGGUUUGUUGUUAUCAGCUCUUUAUUACGAUGGGUAUUUUCUUGGCUGCGUGCUUCAACUACGGCACUGUAACGCACCAUCCCGACAGCUCAGCAUCCUGGCGCAUCGUCAUCGGCGUCGGCUGGGUCUUCACUCUCGUUCUCGGCAUUGGAAUUCUGUUUCUGCCCGACACGCCCCGUUUUGACUAUCGCAAUGGCAAGGUUGAUCGCGCGCGCGAAACCCUCUGCAAGGUCUACGGCGCGACACCAAAUCACUGGGCGAUCCAUACUCAAAUGGAAGAGAUCGAGUCCAAGCUCCGCGCCGAGAGUCACGUCAAGCAGAACCCCGUUCAAGAAUUCGUCGGCAUGUUUAAAGCGCCGCGCAUGGCUUAUCGUAUUUUCAUCGGAAUGUCGCUUCAGAUGUUUCAGCAGCUCACUGGUGCGAAUUACUUCUUUUACUACGGCACUACCAUCUUUCAGUCUGUGUCUAUCAACAGCUACAAGACGCAGAUUAUUCUGAACACGAUUAACUUCCUGGUUACGUUUAUUGGAUUGUAUAUCGUUGAGCACUACGGUCGACGCAAGUCGCUUAUUGCGGGAAGUACUUGGAUGUUCAUCUGCUUCCUUAUCUUUGCAUCUGUUGGUCAUUUCUCACUCGAUCGCAAUGAUCCCACCAAGACGCAGGGCGCAGGUAUUGCUAUGAUCGUCUUUGCUUGUCUCUUCAUUCUGGGCUUUGCUACGACUUGGGGUCCUAUGAUUUGGACUAUCAUGGCUGAGAUCUUCCCCUCGCGAUAUCGUGCCAAGGGCAUGGCUCUCUCAACUGCUAGCAAUUGGCUUUGGAACUUCCUCCUCGCUUUCUUCACGCCUUUUAUCACGAAGGACAUUGACUUCCGCUAUGGAUACGUCUUCGCGGGAUGUAAUGUCCUCGGAGGUCUGCUCGUCUACUUCUUCGUCAUUGAAGGACAGGGACGUACGCUCGAGGAGAUUGACACCAUGUAUCUUGAAAAGGUGAACCCUAUUAAGAGUGCCAAGUGGGUUCCUCCUCCUCCUGAGGAGAUGUCGAGGAUCAGGAAGCAGGCUGGUACAGACCUCGAGACUGCUGUUCCUGCGGCGUCUAGUGAUGAUGAGACACUUGCGAGGCCGUCGGGUGUUACUGAUGGUGGAAUGGGACAUCAUAAGGAGGAGCAUGCUGGAACUACGCACCGAGAGUAA